AUGUCGACUUCUGAGGAAAUCCGAGCGAAGGGCAAUGAGUUCUACAAGGCCGGGAAGAUUGCAGAGUCCAUUCCAUUCUAUCAGCGAGCUGCAGAACUCAGUCCAGCUGACAGGACGCCAUGGUCGAAUCUCGCCGCCGCUCACUUUGAGCUGGGAGACUAUCGUUCGUCCAUCUCAGCAUGCGAGACGGCGAUGUCCUUGCUUUCUGCCGACAGUCCCGACUUUGUGACAGUGAAGGAAAAGCUGAGUCUACGGAUGGCCAAGGCUUUCUUGCACACCAGAAAGUACGAUGCUGCCGCAACAGUGGUCGGUCAGUUGAGUCCAUCGAUGGAGAAAGAUUCGUUGGAGCGCUGUGUCGGCCUUUACCUGCAAGCAGAGAAACUCUUCUCCAAGCCGCACAAGGUUUCCGAGUACAUUGUGCUCAAUCUUCCUCGGUACAAGCCAACUCUCAUCAACACUGCGGAGUUCUAUCCGAUCGGACACGACACACCGGAGUCGCUAUGGGAUCCGUCACUCUCAGCAUCUCCCAGAGAGACCACAUCUCUCCUCUUCGGCGGGAUUGGCGAUGCCCGAAAUCUGUUCCAGACUCUUGUGGAGAUCGCACGCCAUGAGGCCAAGAACAAGAAUACCGAGCGCAAGAAGUACCACUUUACGAUUGUUGACCUCAAGGCUGCAUGCAUCGCUCGGAUCCUGGUCGUUGUCAUGAUGCUGGAGGAGCUUUCUAAGGCUCCGGAAGACGAGAAUCAGCUCCACAAGAACCGGCUGCUCCACUGUCUGUUCUAUACGCUCUUGUCACCACUGAUGCCCGCCAAGAUCUACGACGUACUGCAAACCCAGAUCUCACGUGCAAUCGAAGCGCUUGAGGGUCGAGGUGGCAUGCCCGAGUACUUGAGUAUCCCGGAGAUGUACACAUCGGACGUGUUGCGCUUUCUGAUGGAUUGGAAGAACUCGGUUCAGUCGGAGUUUCCAACCGCGAGAGUCCACCAGCAAUUGCUCAUCAAGCGCCAGCAGGAAGACAUGCAGUGGGCACCGCGGAGAGCUCAGGAUCCUGAAGCUGGAAGACCUCUUCCGGUGUGCAGAAAGGAAGCGGCUUUCCACGCACAAACUGGAGCUGUGCUGUUGUCUCCUGUGAGUAUGCGAGAGGUGGAUCCUGAGAUUCAGAAGCAUUUCGAAGACUUGCAGCCUCGUAAGGUCAAUCCGCAGACUGUACCGGCUGCUGCGAGAGCUGCCGUCAAAGCAAAUUGGCGGACCAAUGUCACUCUCUUCGAUCUGGAGUGGAUGUAUAGCCGGGCGAACGAUGAGGGCGAGCGGACUGACAUUGAUACUGGAGAGUCACCGUACACCAUUGCCGCAAAGAUAGAAGAACUCGGAAUCAAACCGCGAGGAGCUCAGUGUCUCUACGACUAUGUCGCACCCUGGCUGUUUCAAAUCGCCAAAGCCAUCGGACAGCUACGGGGUCGCUUCCAGAUCGAAGCCUGCGUUGGAGACCUCACGGCUGUUCUGGAGCAGAUCAAGUAUGGCGUCGUCGGACAUCGCUCACAUGCCAUCACACCAGAAUCGGAUGCCGUCAAACCCCACGCUGUGGCGGGCGCCGUUCAGAACGACUAUCCGCAGCUCUACGAUCGCAUUCACCUCUCCAACGUGCCUGACUACAUCGGAGGCACACUGACGUCUUACCUGUACGCAUUACCCACGGUCUACCCAGGUCCGCAAGCGUACAUCACAUCGACCUGUCUCCGCAACCCACCUCGCUUCUCUAGCGCUGAAGCAUUCGACGCAGAGUACACCGCCCUGCACAAACCUUCCGACAUUGAGAAGAUCUUCCACGUGGCACUGGAACGCACUCAAGACUACAAUAUGGACGCCAUGUUGGGAAUGAUGCCGAUGUGCGCUUAUCUCAGAUGGCACCACCAGGAGGUCUCGACAGAAUACAAAGACCUCAUGCCACGGUCACAGCUCGAGACUUGGAUCUAUCGCCUCUUCCUCAAGCUCGUCCUGCCAGUCGCCAAAGAAGAUACCGUCUCGAACACGCUGAUCUACUGUCCUCUCAAUUUGACCGUCAUCUUCCGCAUCCUCACCCAUCUUCAGGCAAUCGGAUACCCCGCACAUUGGCUGAGCGACAUCCUCUCAUCGAUAUUGUCAGGCUCCAUCACGACGACCGCUCGCCCUCCACGCUCCGAGCCACUCAAGCCGAAAGAGAUCGACACUGUCUUCCCUACCCGAAAGCAGACUCUCGCACCCUUCAUGGCCGAGUUCUCCACCCUCGCUACCAUGUGGCAACAAUACCCCUUCGGCGCCACCACCAACUUCGUACCCCUGGACAAAAUCAAACAAUACACCGUCAAAUUCCCCAAAGCCAAUUUCUCCGUCCGCACAUGGCCAGGCUUCAUCCUCGUCUUCCACAAAAAGACGCUCUCCGAACGGAUCGCCUCGAAUUUGCGUCAAUAUCUCCUCGAUGACGAGGUCGGUUUUAAGAAUAACAAGACGGCGAGGAUGUUGAGGGAGAAGGAGAUUCAUGUCCUUUCGACGUGGGAGUGGAAUCGGAAGGAGACGACGGCGAAGUUUUGGUUGAGGAGCGAUGUGGUGGAGGGGAUGAAGAGGGAUGGGGGUUGCCUCUGCGAUGCACCGUUGCAGUCUUCGCUCAAAAAGGAUGAGAGUGCAGUACUUGUUUCUUUCGGUCCGACGGCUUCUGCUGGGGUUGGCAAGGGCUGUGGCGUUGGGGUUGCAAAAGCCGUGGUGUUGAUGGCCACGAGCAAUGCGAAAAGACGGCGGAGAUUUGGAAGCAUUGUGAGCUUAUACUGCCACAAAGUCGAGGGCCUGAACGAGGGCUUCUCCUGGGCCUAAAGGGCUUCAUCCAUUCCUUCGGUCAUUGCUUGCUGCCUCCUGCUCCCACUGAUAGCCACGCUACCUGAGCUCAGUCGAGUUGAUAGCAAGGUUCCAAAGCAUUGAAGGUAACUUGCAUACGUCCAAAGACUGUCCGACUGCCUGCAAAAAGCUCGGGUCAAUGUCACAUACCAGAGCUGGGAAGCAGCAUUGGUGCAACUUGAUUGGCGGCCCUGGCCAGGGUAUGAGGCUUCGCAUUGGAUUGCUCCUAACUCAGAACAUCAGGCCAAAGCUCGAUGUUUCACUGCCACGAGAGAUCUGUUGUCGUACACAUGUUGCACUGCUACCAACGGCAUGUUGUGCUUCGCGCACCAUAGCGAUCCGUCCGGGAGUUGGUGGUUCAUGUCGAAGGCUGGUCGAGCUACUGGUGGGUAAUCCUGGCCGUGACUAAACAGCUACUGCAACUUGAUUCGUGGACGAGUUGUGCCAUU